AAACCAACCAAACAAAAAAAUCUACAAGUCUGAAUCUUUAGAUCAAUUCUUUGAAUGCUAUGCUGAUAAGUAAGGCAGCUGAUGCACAAACUGAUGAAUCAGUAAGAAGAGCAAAACUAAUGACAGUGUAGACUCCAAGACACAUAUACUUGAAUAUAUACCAAAAUAUCACACACCAGACUUCUUCCAAUCCAUUAUUUCUCUUUUACCCUUUUCUCUCUCUCCUUCAAUCCACUUCAUUCAAAUGUAAGCCAAGAAAUGCUUUGAUAAAAAUAAAAUAAAAAAAGGUACUCAAAUCCUACCUUUGCCACAGAAAAUGCUGAUUCUGUUACAGAAGUUGAUAUAAAAACAACUUUUCUCCCAGUCAAAAUAACUAAACACAUGAGAAAAGUGAUGUAUUUUGCAUUUUCCUUCAGUUUUCCUUUUUUUUUAUUUAAAUGAGGUAUUGACCUACCUUCUUCGCUCAGAAAAGUUGAAAAUUCAACUGUUAAUAGUCCAAAUACUUAGUCUCAAUAUAAAGUGAUGCUCAUGAGAAAUACACUCCUAUCUGGAAUGAAAUUAAGUUAGAUAAUAGCUUAUUUAAUUUCCUCUAGUUGUUAUUUUAUUCUUGGUGGUGUUUAUGUUUCCAAGUGAAAGAUUAUUUGCGCAUAGAAUGAACUGUUUUCUGGAAUAUCUGCUGUGCUAACUGUUCAUACACAUGGGGUUACCCGAACACUUUCAAAUUGUGUUUGUAGUUUAAAUGAAAUUCAUUGAUUAGAAAUAAAGCACAUAACUUUCAAGAUAAAUUCUUCACCUAAUUUCAUUUUAACCCUCCCCCCCCCCAAAAAAAAAGUAGGUUUUGAGGGCAAGAGGAGGGUGAGAGCUGCACAAAUGUAACCUGCAUGCCCAUUUAUCACAUUCUCUGGGCUACCAUGAUUACCUCUUCAUAUCCAUGCUGUGUCAGCUGUAUUGGCAAUGGCUGUUUGUAUGCAGUUGAGACAAAUGCAUUGCAAAACAUUUAUGUGCAUGCCUACUGAUUUCACAGCUGCUAUUCUCCCCGUGCAUCUCUAAAUGCCAUUUUGGGUCAGUGGAAGUAUUUAUCCCACUGCAUCACUAAUUACAAAGAAACCAAAGCAGAACCACCAUCUAAUUCAGCUGUCUAAUUAUUUUCUCUCUUUUUGCAGGUAUUUUUGAUAGAAUAUACAGGUCCAUUGUUCAUCUAUUUUCUGUUUUAUUUCCGCAUGCCUUUUGUGUAUGGACUGGAUGAGAGGUUUACAUCAAGCCCACAUCCAGUAGUUAACUUGGCAUGUAUCUGCCAUUCUUUCCACUACAUCAAAAGGUUGAUUGAAACAAUAUUUGUUCAUCGGUUCUCCCAUGGGACUAUGCCACUGAGGAAUAUUGUGAAGAACUGUUUGUAUUACUGGGGAUUUGCAGCUUGGCUUGCUUAUUACAUCAAUCAUCCUCUUUACACUCCUCCUUCCUAUGGGAAAAAACAGAUUAAUUUUGCUGUGAUCAUGUUUCUGCUAUGUGAAGCUGGAAAUUUUUCCAUUCACGUUGCACUUAGUGACCUCCGGAGAGAUGGGUCCAAAACUCGUAAGAUCCCGUAUCCAACAAAGAAUCCUUUCACAUGGCUGUUUUUCUUUGUAUCUUGCCCUAACUAUACCUAUGAGGUGGGGACAUGGAUCAGUUUCACUAUCAUGACUCAAUGUGUUCCAGUGUUUUGUUUUUUUCUUUUCCCCUUCCUCCUAGUGGGGCUGUUCACCUUGCUUUGCUUCAUUCAGAUGACAAUCUGGGCAAAGGAUAAACACUAUACCUACCUACGAGAAUUCAAGGAUUAUCCAAGUGUUCGAAUGCCAAUUAUUCCUUUUUUGUUGUAAGAAAAGUUCAGUUUCAAUAUUGCAUGGAACUUCAAGAAACUUCAUAAAUCUCCUGCCAAAUAAGUGAAUUAAUUGAAGUGAUUCUGGUGUAUGCUAAAUCUCCACUGCUGAGGGAAACAAUACACUUGAAAACUAUACUUUCUUAUAUUCAAGAAUUCUUCAAUUCAGAAGCACCUUCAAAAAAUAAGGCUUCAUUGCAGAGCUGGUAGCCAAAAGCCCCUAUUGUUCAGUUGCAACCUGAUUGACUGAGAUUUCCCUGCACUAGUCUAUUUAGAUUGAUACAUCAGAGAUACUGAUAAGCUUGUUCUGAAAAGCAGCUCCAAAUUUAGCAGUGGCAUUCUGCAAGACUGUGACAUAAAUACAUUGGAAUGAGGACAUAGCAGCCAACUACAAGAAAGCUCAACUCAUACAGUAUGGCCAGCUGGCCUGAAGACAGUUGCAUGUUUUGCCUUCUUUGACUUGAAAAAGAGAGUGUUCUGCCUGGAGGCAGGUACUUUGUGACAAACAACAUUACCAAAGAAUAUGAAUGGCUUCCGGAAUAAAGAAUUAGGCAGUCUCUCAAAUACCUGCUUUGGGUCUAAGCUAUAAUUUGCCAAUUGGAUCUAAAGAAAGAAGAAUUUGUGGAUAUAACAUCCAUCCUGUGAAUAUAUAUAUAUAUUUGGAGGGUGUUUAUUCUGUUUUGUUUUUAAUAUUUUUAAUUAGUAAGUUGCAUACUGAUAAAUAAGGUUCACAGUAUCUUAUCUAUGCUGUAUCCAUGAUAUUUGGCCUGUUUCAUAUAACAAGUCCUUAAUAUAUUCGAAAAGAUCCUAGAGGACAUUUAACCUUGUAUUUUUUGUCAGAAUUCUCUGAAUAAUUUCAGUAUACUUUGUGAAUACAUAAAGUGACUGCUAACAUUCAGAAUGGUAGCUCCCUUCCUAUUUUCAGAGCCAGGGAGAAAAAUCCACUACAUUUUGAACUUCCUGUGUUUUCUUUUUCACAAGAUGUUCAGUGGGAUUUGGUUGGGUUUUGUGCAAAUCUAGUAAAAAAAUAUAAAAUUAUGACUGCAAAAUAUCUGAAUGAUAUUUUGAAAAAACUGUUUCAGAAUAUGAAGAAAAUGUGUAGAUACUGUUUUGUUUCAUGAUUAAUUUAUUUAUUAUAAUGGAUGUAUAGAAAGAUUUUGCAACUGUUUGUAAGGGUGAAAUCUACAAUAAAUUCUAGCCUAUGUUUUGAAUUCAAUUGAAAUAACUAUGGCAAAAUAGGAAGAUUACAGCUGGUUGCCAAAAUUUCAUAAUUAUUUGUAAAGUACAAAGGAAGAAUGUCCUUGCAUCAAAUAAGAUCUAUAUAAAUUGAACAAAAAACUAAAAAAAGCAAAA